GGUGCAGGGAGCAAACCCUUCGAAGCCCUUCUUGACAUUCCCAUUUAGCAAACUGGCUGUCCAAGACGACGGUGACUAGCGAGAAGAGACGUUAGAAGCAAACCGUGACUAUUGGAGUGACGUGGCAAUUUUGUGUGGAGCGAAUAGCGAGAGCACGUAGAUCCUUCGCACAGCGGCUCAGGAAUUAGUGUAUCGGUUUACGCAAAUCCACUAAGCUGCGCCAUUUGCACAGGAGCAAUCGGGUUUUUGUGAGGUCCCUAUUUGUGGCGGCGUCCAUUUGCUGCUGCACAAGUGCUCACAGAAAGGGGGUUGAUUUUGCACACCUCGGGCGCCAUCUUUUUUUUUCCACCUGCACCACCCGUCAGCGGGAGCACGCCUAGCCGUGUGAAACACGUAGAGAACAUUGCAAGGGAAAACGCUUCCGAAACGCGCUGACAAAGCGAAAAGCAGACCAAAAACCGAGCGUUGGUGCGUGAGUGGCUGGGUCCGAAGCGCGCUACCACUUGUGCGAGUCAACUUUCUGUGUCGGAAGCAUGGCUGCAAACUUCCUGCGCGCUGGCCAGCAGCGGCUGACCCACUGUGCCGAGCGAACGCUGGUGGACGGGAAGGACAAUCGGAAGGCGGCCGAGCUGUGCGUGGAAGGGAACGGAAUGCAUUACGAUAACGUGAAGCGCUACAUGGAUGUGGUCAAGCUGUACAACAGGAGCAUCGCGUACUCGACCAAUGGCUCGCAGCAGCGGGCGCAGGCGUACUGGGAGCGGUCGAAAGUGUGCGUGAAGCUGAACCGCUACGCCGACUGUCUGCAGAACAUCCGGCUGGCGCGCGCCACCGACGUCCCGGGGCUGCUGCGGCGAAAGCUGGACCAGUCGGAACAGUGCGCCCGGGGCAUGCUGCUGAGCGUCAGCGACGACGCGACGCCCGGUUCGAGCCGGCAUGGGGUGGCCCCGCUCAAGCUGAGCUUCCCCGCCUACGAGAAUGCGCCGCGCGUCGCCAACUGUCUGGUGAUGCGGCGGAACCUCCGGUACGGCCGGUACCUGGAGACCAACCGGGCGCUGAAGGUGGGCGACGUGGUGCUGAUCGACAGCCCGUACGCGUCCGUGCUGGAGCCCGACUUCUGCUACGCCCGGUGCGACCAUUGCCAGCGCCCAGCGCCCUUCACGCUGAUCCCGUGCGAGCAUUGCACCAAGGCGAUGUACUGCUCCGAGGACUGCCUGAACAGCGCCCGCACCCAGUACCAUCACUUCGAGUGUGCGCUGGUGCACCAUCUGGCGGAAACGACCGGCGACCCGCUCGUGCUGCUCGCCUGGCGUGCCGUCGCCCGGGCGAUCGGUGCCUACCGGUACAACCUGCGCACCUUGAAGCAGCGCAGACAUCUGCUCUCCCAGACCGUGGUGAAUCCGCUACUGCUCGACUGGGUGCACGGGCAGAAUAUCGCGUUCAGCGCGGUGCACAUACUGGCGUCGCUCACCCGGGCCCCGAACGAUCCGGCGGAGGUGCGUGCCGCCCAGCUCGCGUGGGAAAUGCACUGCCAUCUGGUGAGCAAACCCGAGCUGACCGCGAACUACGACCCGGACAACGUGCCGUACCAGUGGGUGGGCGAGAUGUGCUACCAAUUCCUGAAGGCGAUGCAGUGCAACGCACGCCCGGCGCAGCUGACGCGCCGCGACGAGCCCAAGGGCCGGUACCGGGCGGUGCCGUUCGCGCUGCGCUGCUACCCGCUGAUCAGCCUGCUGAACCACUCCUGCGCACCGAACGUGAAGUGCUUCGAUUUGCGCGACGGCCGCUGUGCCGUGGUCGUGAUCCAGCCGAUCGCUGCCGGGGGCCAGCUGUUCGGCAACUACGGGUACGAUUACUCGGAGACCGGUCGGGACGAGCGGCGGGAGGCGCUGCAGCGCGAUUACGGCUUCACCUGCAACUGCAACGCGUGCGAGAACAACUUUCCGACCGCUGAGCCGUUCCAUUCGAAGCGCGUGGAUACAAUCCUGCGUACCCGGGACAUGUCGACAGCCGCCCGCAAUAUGGCCAAGCUGCUGGCGGAGGUGAACGAAGGCGUCGGCGAUGGCAGGGUGUCCCACCAGCAGUUGGCAGAGCUGGAGCGUUACUUUGAGCUGCUCUACUGCGAAGUUUUGAAUUGAACCUUUGAACUAUUUGGACAUUGUUGGACGCGGGCAGGAGAACAUUCAUUUAACUUAUUUCUAGCUUAAAGACGCAGCAGGAGACGAUGGCGAGGGCUGCCUUCGCGGUGCCUUACGAUUGCGAAGAUUCGAGGAUAGAUGCAUCGCCAAAUUUGUUGUUAACGGCAGCUCGAUUGCUCAACUGAUACCCAAUUGCUCAACUUACCUAAUUGUAACUUAACUGAAUACACUGAACUAUUAGCGAAUGCUGUAAUCCCAUGUAACCAGGGUAGUUGAAUAAAAUUGGUCCCGUACUUUCGACGACCA